CCCCGCGCGUCCGCCAUAUUGGCGCCCGCGCCGCAGCCGCUGCGCCUUGUUCCUCCAUCGCCUCCCGGCGCGGCCCAGCGGAGCCCGGCAGGGGACGGGACGCGGGCGCCGCCGCCGGGCGGGGAGCGGGGCUCGGAGGCCGGGAGGAGCCGGGAAGGAGCCGGGCCAGCGGCCCUGCUGCGCCAGCCGCCAUGGCGAGGAGGCCCGGCGGCUCCUGAGGCGGGCGCACACGCACGCACCGAGCGAGGCUUAGCCCCCUCCCGGCCGCCAUCAGCGGAGAGAAGCCGCCCGGCCCCCUUCUCCGCCGCGACAUGGAGGCCGUGAAAGCCUUUAACAGCGAGUUGUACUCGCUAAAUGAUUAUAAGCCACCCAUUUCUAAAGCUAAAAUGACACAGAUCACCAAGGCAGCAAUCAAGGCGAUAAAGUUCUACAAGCACGUUGUACAGAGUGUUGAGAAAUUCAUUCAAAAGUGCAAACCAGAAUACAAGGUGCCUGGCCUAUAUGUCAUUGACUCCAUUGUGAGACAGUCCCGGCAUCAGUUUGGGCAAGAGAAGGAUGUAUUUGCUCCAAGAUUCAGCAAUAACAUUAUCAGUACUUUCCAGAAUCUGUAUCGUUGUCCUGGGGAUGACAAGAGUAAAAUUGUUAGAGUGCUAAACUUAUGGCAGAAGAAUAAUGUGUUCAAGAGUGAAAUUAUUCAGCCUCUCUUGGAUAUGGCAGCAGGAAUUCCUCCUCCAGUUGUGACCCCUGUCUUGCCCAGCACUACAGCUGCUAUGAGCAACAAUACACCAGGAACACCUGUGACUCCAGUUACUCCAGCCAAUGUGGUGCAGAGUUUACCCGAUCCUUGGGUAUCUCAGAUUGCUAAUACAGAUACACUUGCUGCUGUAGCACAGAUUUUACAGAGUCCCCAAGGCCAACAGCUUCAGCAGUUGAUACAGACGCUGCAGAUACAGCAGCAGAAACCUCAGCCUUCGCUACUUCAAGCCCUGGAUGCUGGUCUUGUUGUUCAGUUACAGGCCCUAACCGCACAACUUACGGCUGCAGCUGCUGCUGCCAACACACUUACUCCACUGGAACAAAGUGUCUCUUUUAAUAAGAAGCUGAUGGACAGGUUUGACUUUGGGGAAGAACCUGAACAAAAUGAAGAGCCUAAAAAGGAAACUCCUACUUCCCAACUGCCUUUAGUACCAGAAUCUGUGAACAACUCGCUUUUUCACCAACUAGCUGAACAGCUACAGCAACAAAAUUUAGAACAUCUGCGACAACAGCUUUUGGAGCAACAGCAGCCUCAAAAGGCAAGCCCUAACGAGGAAAAUCAAGAAGGAAAUUUUGGUUCAGAGCACUCUGCGUCACCAUCACAAGGGAGCAGUCAACAACAGUUUUUAGAAGCGGAAACAAAUGUAGAUGAUUCAAUGGAUAUUCAGCAACAGGACAUGGAUAUAGAUGAAGUACAGGACGUUGCUGAAGAAGAGAUUUUUGAACAAGAAGAAAAGAAAUCAACUGUUCGUUCAAGAUCAAGAACUCGUUCAAGAUCUCGUUCAAGAUCACCAAGAAAACGACGGUCUAGAUCACGAUCUGGUUCUCGUAAGCGUAAACACAGAAAACGUUCACGCUCAAGAUCAAGAGAAAGGAAGAGGAAGUCAUCUCGAUCAUACUCCAGUGAAAGAAGGGCUAGAGAAAGGGAAAAAGAACGUCAGAAAAAAGGAUUGCCUCCUAUACGGUCAAAAACACUAAGUGUUUGCAGUACUACUCUUUGGGUAGGUCAAGUAGACAAGAAGGCUACGCAGCAAGAUUUGACUAACUUGUUUGAAGAAUUUGGACAAAUAGAAUCUAUUAAUAUGAUUCCCCCAAGAGGUUGUGCUUACGUCUGCAUGGUUCAUAGACAAGAUGCAUAUCGUGCUCUUCAGAAACUUAGUUCUGGGUCCUAUAAAAUUGGAUCUAAAAUUAUUAAGAUUGCCUGGGCUUUGAAUAAAGGUGUGAAAACAGAGUACAAGCAAUUCUGGGAUGUGGAUCUGGGAGUUUCAUAUAUUCCUUGGGAGAAAGUAAAAUUGGACGAUUUGGAGGGAUUUGCUGAAGGUGGAAUGAUUGACCAGGAGACAGUAAAUACAGAAUGGGAAACAGCCAGGAACUCAGAACCUGCUAAAGAAACUACUCAAACUACCCAGACUACUACAGUUGAUAAGAGCACAGUUAUCACAACGCAGACAGAAGCUUACACACAACCAGUCACUAUGCUGCAGAUUCCAGUAGCUCCAGCUGUGCCUGCUGUUAGCUUAGUUCCACCUGCGUUUCCUGUCACAAUGUCUGUCCCUCCUCCUGGUUAUAGCGCAAUUCCUCCUCCACCCUUCUUGCGAGCAAGUUUCAACCCUUCACAGCCACCUCCAGGUUUUAUGCCUCCCCCAGUUCCUCCUGUUGUCCCUCCUCCUGUUGUCCCACCACCUGUUGUCCCACCAGUUGUUCCAACACCUUUAGUACAGCCUCCAUUACCAAUUACACAAGAGACGAUGAAGGAUGUUCCUUUUACUAGCCUCGUUUUACCAGUUGGCACAGUUACAAGUAAUCUAGCUACUCCAACGUUGUCUGCUGGAAGUGUUUUUAAUCCUCUGCCAAUCAACAAACCAGAACCAGAUGAAAAGGGAUCACAUCUUACAGACCUUCAGAUUUCUUCCAGUGAAAACAAUAGAGCUGUGCAAAGUGAUGUCACAAGUAGCUCUGGACUUGUUGGAGGAGUGCAGCCACCCAGCGUUUCAAGCAGUUCUGGGCUUACUGGAGAAGGCCAGCCACCUAGUGUCUCAAGUAGCUCUGGACUUGCAGGAGGAGUGCAGCCACCCAUUGUCUCAAGCAGCUCUGGACUUGUAGGAGGAGUGCAACCACCAACUGUUUCAAGCAGUUCUGGUCUUGCAGGAGGAGUGCAGCUACCCACUGUCUCCAGUAGCUCUUCACUUGCAGGAGGAGUUCAGCCAACUAGUGUCUCAAGUAGCUCUGGACUUAUGGCUGGAGUGCAACCACCAAAUGUCUCAAGUAGCUCAGGGCUUCUAGCUGGAGUGCAUCCACCCAGCAUCUCAAGUAGCCCUGGCCUUCUACCAGGAAUGCAGCCACCCAGUGUCUCAAGCAGCUCAGGAGUUCUGGCAGGAGUGCAGCCACCAAGUGUCUCAAACAACUCUGGUCUUCUCAUAAUGCCACCACCCAAUGUUUCGAGUAGUUCUGGACUUAUGGGAGUGCCACCACCAAAUAUUUCAAGUAGUUCUGGACUUCUGGCAAUGCAGCAUCCAGCUGGUGUUCAAAAUAUGCCUCAUUUAAAUAUAAGUAAUCAAAGGAUGCCAGGAAUGCCUCUCAUAGAUAUCCGUCCAGGCCUAAUGCCCCACUCACCUGGACCAAGGUUUCCAUUAAUGCAGCCAGGAGUGCCACCACAGCGUAGUAUUCCUCCUCCAGCAAUCCUUGAUCCAUCUCUUCACCCACCACCUCGAGGUCCUUUUCCUCCAGGAGAUAUUUUUAAUCAAACAGAAAGACCUUUUGGAGCACCAGGAAGACAAAAUAUUGAUAGCAUUUCUAAUCCAGAGAAAAGACUACCACUUGGAGGGGAUAACAUACAGCAGGAAGGAGACAGAGAUUAUCGUUUUCCUCCAGUAGAAAAUCGAGAUAAUCUUAACAGACCAUCCCCAGUGGAUGUCAGAGAUCCUGUUGGACGACCACCAAUUGAUCCAAGAGAGGGUGUAGGACGGCCUCCAGUAGAUGGAAGAGAACAUUUUGCAAGACCACAUAUAGACAUGAGAGAAAAUUUUGGAAGACCAGGUAUAGAUAAUCUUGGCCGAAGAGAGCAUUUUGCUUUCAAUUCAGACAAGCACUGGGGACAGAGAGGAGAUUAUGAUGAAAGAGAGCAUCAUACCUUCCCUAUUUAUGGUGGCCCUAAAGGCUUCCAUGAAGACAGAGAGAGAUUUCGGCAUGUAAACUAUAGAUUUGAUAGUAGAAGUGGUCCCAGUUGGAAUAGAGGAUUUGAACCAGAUGCUCACAGAGAUUUUGAUGACCGCAGAAGACCCUGGGAAAGACAGAGGGAUAGGGAUGACAGAGAUUUUAACUUUUGCAGAGAAAUUAAUGGGAACAGGUUUGGAAGAGACAGAAUGUCAAACAACUGGAUCCCCCCUCCACAUCCACGGGUUUUUGAAUAUUUUGAUGGGGCCGCUCCCCAGCGCAAAGCUGAUAAUAUGCCCCAGGUAAACGGUGAAAAUACAGAGACAGAAAGUCAGCCACCAACUGCACAGGUGCAGGACGAACCAGAACUUUAUGAAAAACUGACCUCUUCCGUCGAGAUAAACAAAGAGAAGAGUGACACAGAAGCUGAUAUAGAAAGUGAACCAGUGGUAGAAAGCACAGAAACUGAGGGGACAUAAUCAUCACUCAGUAGGUAAAAGAUACCUUUUGUAAAGUUGUCAUCUCUCUGUAAUAGAUAAAUGGCUGACUGGACCUUAGUAGUUCACUUUUGUCUGCCAGAAUUAAGUUAAUCUGAUGUUCAUGUUCAUCUUUCGCUUAAAUAACUGUACAACUGACUUGUAUAGAACACUGUUCUUAAUUUGAACAUGGUAGGUAAACAUUUUUUUUAUUUCUCUGGUAAAACAUAAACUUGCCCCCACUUGCUUUUAAUUUCACAAAGAUAAAAUAACAGCUUGUCAAACAAAGACUUCCUAUGGAAGACAAUGGAAUUUUUUAGAUACUACCCUUAGGUUGGCUAUCGAAAUUGUUAUACUUGAAAACAGGUGCUGGUGUAUCUCGUCCGUGUUUUUAGGCUGCUGCAGAAUUUUAAAGUAUAGACAAAGCUGUGAUAUUUUAUGUUCCUACAAUUUGGCAGAAAAAAAGAAAUGGCCCAUGUUACUUAAGGAGCAUAACACAGAGAUUAAAAGUGGUUUUGUAAAAUCUACACUAUAGUCUCUGUUUUCUCUAAAGUAAGUGUUUGUGACUUGUUCCUCGUACUGCAGUGGGUUUAAAAAAAAAUGAAAAAGUACAUUUUAAUGUUGGGUGCAUUUUGUUUUUAGAUGCCAAUAAAGCAUAUUUGUUUGAUAACAGUGUUCUAGGUAUUGUAUUUUUUUUAAAACCUGCAAGCUAUAAAAACUUGGAAUCAGCUAUGAUAUGUGCUUAGCUAGUUGUUGCAAAAGGUUUAUAUUACUUUUGUAAGACCAAUGCAACAGCUGUUAAUGUCCAAGAAAGAAGGGUAUGGUUUUUACAUUGAAAAUCAUGCAGUCAUUAGUUUAUGUAUAUGACAUAUGUAUGUAAAUAUUUGUGUAAACUGUUUGUAGAUACCACUCUUUCUGUGCGUGCCUGUGUAUGUGCACACGCUCACAGAAUAUUGUAGACAGUUCAAUAAAAUUGAAAUGAAAUUAGGUUAUAAAAAUUUGCCUUUCACCUUCUUUAGGUAGUAAGAUAAGUAUUUCACUGCAAUGCUGUCAAGCUUACAUUUACCUUCUUAUGCUAAUAGUUAUAUGAAAUUCUUACUACUUACAGAAGGUGGAACAUGAUACACUGUAAGAAUAUACAGUAGGAUUUUAGCUUUCUUUUUUAAAUUGCAGAUACACAUGAAGCCAAAACUUAAACAAAUAUUUGCAUUGUCUUAUUUUGUAACAUAUUUAGUGUUCUGGAUAUAUUCUGGAUAGGUAGUGGUAGUGUUUAAGUACUUUGUGGUUAUUUGUUUUUAGUGACUCAAAGUCCAGAAGUGUUGCACGAAAAGUAAAAAAGCUGUUGUUGGUCUAAAAAAACCUACAUGUUUUUUAACAGAAAUAAGGGGGACUUUGUUCUUUUGUGGCUUAAUACUGAAGUAGAACCUCUUGUUAAAUUGGCGAGAUGAAUUGGCUGCCUUGGUAAAUUAGUAGCACUAUUCUCUCGUUUCAUAUACUUUGCUGCUUGUGUCAUUUAAAUUGGUGGUGGAUGAUUUGGUCAUGUAAGAUUUUCAAUUUAUUCUACUCAAGUGCGUUCCACCAACUUCUUUCAAAAUAACUUUUGUUAAAAUUUUGUCUGAAAGCAUUUCACUCAGUUUUGAGAAAGUUGUUUUUGUCUUGCAUAAUAGGAUCAAGGAUUAGAUUCUGUUACAUGAAUGGCCCUUGGUAGAAGAAACACUUUUUAGCACAGAUUAGAAUUUUGAUCUUUCCUGAUAAAGUGUAAACGUGCAAGUUCUAAUUCCCCUUCCUGCUCUCCCAAAGGGACAAAAGUAUGAGAAUGUCACAUGAGUGUAAAGCAUAAGCACGCCUUUGAAAGUAGACUCAAGUUAUGCAUGUGUUUGUUGCCCUCUUCCUCUGGGAUGUGGGUUAUUUUUUCAUGCUGUCAUGGUUCAGUUUUUCAAUUAUAGGGACUUCUAUUCUGGAUAGUAAAUAAACUGUCAGUUUACGGAAGGUAGCCCUUUGAAAGUGGACAUGAAUGAUUCGUUAUCUACUGUGCAAGUACUAGUCAUUAGGAUGUAGUGUGGUGUACAUUAAAGAAUUAUUGCUUUGUAAAAGACCUUGCUGAUGCGUUUAUUACCAGAACGUGUCUCAGGAGUUGAGAUGAACAAUAUUUAAGGUAAAAAGUACCUUCAUGUGCAGGCUUUGUGGCUCAAGUUGAUUGGUGCUGCACAACCUACUACUAGUAUUCCGGUCGGGUAGAUAUGGUUCUGGAAGUCCAAAAAUACAAAAAUAGCCGUAAGGGUAUUUUGUGAAUAUAAGGGAUUUUCUUUAUUUUGUUUUAAUACAUGCAGACUGAAAAUACUUCAGUCAUAGACCAUGUAAAUACCCAGAAUCAAACACAUAUUGGCAGUAGCUUUUAUUUUCAGAUGUAAUGUUAAAUGUUUUUCUUUUUUUAAACAAAAAGUUAGUCUGUUUUCUAAACUGGGAGCUGAAGUAUGCUAAAUUACUUGUAGUAUCAUGGUGUAGGUAAAUUACUUGGUGAGAAAGGUUAAAUAAAUCGUUUGGUAGUGAUAUAAACCAAUGUAUUAUUUAAUGAAUUCAUCUUUGUUAAUAUCUUUCAAGCAUUAAUAAAUUGGCUACUGUACAUAUGUGUUAUACCAUCGAUUUCUAACAGCUUUUUUUUGUAGAAUAAAAAUUUAUUGU